AUGACAGAAACUCAUCACUCAGAUUACGUGAAAGUGUUGAAAAUUAAAGGAGCAAAUGGUGAAGAACGUACGCUGCAAUUCCCAUUGAAACUCGACCUUGAACGUCCGAAACGUCCGCGCACGACUUUUUCCGAGGACCAACUCCGACUGUUGGAGGAGGCAUUUCAGGAGAAUGGCUACUUGACUGGAGAGGCACGUCUGGCAUUAGCCACACGUUUGGCGUUAAGUGACACACAGGUAAAGGUUUGGUUUCAAAACCGCAGAACGAAAAGCAGGAAGAAGACAACAAAUGACGAAACCAGAACUAACACCGUCUCACCUAAAUCAACCACUGCACCACCACAACUGCCAUCACAGUCAAUUCAAAUUCCACUACAAUAUCAAGAGGACAAGUGCGAAGAAAAUAGAACAGCUCGUAUUGUUUCCGUACCAAGUGACAUUUGCAACAAUGUUUGUAGUAGAACGCAUUCGAAAGUCAAUCUCUCGCGCCUUCGCCUACCGUAUCAGCCGCGAAUCUUAGCAGCGUGCCCGCCAUUUGAAAUUUUUCGAUCAUCGUCCGAUCGCUUGCUGACAGUUCGCCGUUCGAGUCGCGUUUCGUUUCUCGUUAGCCACGGUCAGAGCCAGUAA